GUUACUGUCAGAUUCUGCAGUUCUUGCGGCUGCUCAUCGCACCCAGGACUGAACCCUGGUCACUGAGCAUUGGAGGAGUCUGUUCUGCUGAUGUUAGCCUUAAACUAGACUGGUGUUUAAUAUUGUGGAGCUGUGAAAGAUAAAUCAGUUUGUAUCAAAUCCCGUGUCUCACUUGAGAGACCACUCGGCCCAGCUGGUCCCUGUCCAUUUUUCUGUUCCAUAUCAGUAUAUGAAAAUCUAUCCCUGCCGUUCCCCUCUCACCCUCCCUGAGAUGACAGAUUGCAACUAGUCACUACUCCGUGGGAUAGGAGAUUUCCCUUGAAUUUCACAGAAACAUAGAAAUCUACAACAUAUUACUGAUGCUUUGGCCCACAAUAUCGUACCGACCAUGUAACUUAGUCUCUUAACUGUCUAGAAUUACCCUACCGCAUAGCCACCUAUUUCCUAAGCUCCAUGUACCUAUCUAAGCGUCUCUUAAAAGAUCCUAUUUUAUCCGCCUCUACCGACGCUGGCGGUACAUUCCACACAGACAUCACUCUCUGUUUAAAAAAAAACUUGGCUCUGACGCCUCCCCUGUACCUACCUCCAAGCAGCUUAAACCUAUUCCCCCUCGUGUUAGCCGUUUAUGCCCUGGGGAAAAAGCCUCUGACUAUCUACACGACCAAUGCCUCUCAUCAUCUUAUACACCUGCAUGAAUUUCCUGCAUGAUUUUCUCCCGUCUGAACAAGACGAUGAGCUCACUGUGGUUGUGACGUUGUUCAGGGCUCCGGACGAAGAUGGUUAAACUCCUUCUUCCCCACUCUUUUCAAUGUUUUAGGUCAUUCUCACUAAUUUCAAAGGUCUUCGCUUCGAACUGCUGGGUUGUUACAAUGCACCUCUGAAGUCUGACAGCAGACUAGCGAGUGAAUGGAGCAGAGUCUGAAACCAAUUUGCCAGUCAGGGAUUUGGGGCUCCAGAAAGAGAUGGGGCCUGGAGUUUACAAGGAGGAGGAAGAAGACAAACCAAACCUGCAGGAUGUGGCUACAAAUGAAAGAUCAGACACAUUUGGAAACUGCUUGAUUGAAAAAAAAGUGGUCAAUUUCUGCAAAAUACUGGAGGAAAUCAACAUAUCAGGCAGAAAAUGUGGAGAGGAAUAAAUAGACAACGUUUAGGCCGAGCCCUUCAGCAUGCCUAGACUGUGGACUCCUCUGCUUAGUUGCUGCCUGAACUGCACAGUUCCUCCAGCAUUGUGGGUUUGUGUGUGUGUGUCUGUAUUUCUAGCAACUGCAGAAUCGUUUGUGUUUUAUAUCUUCAUUUGUAAGAGGGUUGUACUUCGGUAUUAGAUAAACAGAAUGCCUGUUGAUAUUGUUUUUGGGAGCCGCUUUCUACGUUAAAAGAGCUGCUGAGUUUUCUACACAGAAAAAACCCUGAGGUGUGGACAUAAAACCGGUGCUUGCAGGAACUUUUUAUGGCACCGUGAUUACCCAUAAAACAGUGCGUUUAAAAUUUCUCUGCCUCUGAACCACCAAUCAAAUGCGCAGGCGUCAAGGUUGUUGACGUAUUCAGAUCGCAUGCGCGCUGUACACAAAAGGACUCAGCAGGAGCGUUCAAGGUUAAAAACGAGAAGGAAUUUGUCUCCACGAAUCUCAGAUACGGCACGGCAAUUUUGCUGUCUCUGUCCCGAUAUUUAAGAAGUGGAGCAAGGGAUUCAAUCGACCAUCCUUCCUGCUCAGACUGUGGGAAUGGUUUCACUCGGUUAUCUCAGUUGAAGGUACAUCAGCAAGUUCCCACUGGGCAAGGCCAUUCAUCUGUUCUGUGUGUGAGAAAGGGUUCUAUUUGGCAUCCCACCUGCGGACAGACCAGUCCGAUCACACUGGGCCGAGGCUGGUCAUCUGCUGAAUUUCAGGGAAGGGAUUCUCUCGGUCAUCUGACCAAAUGGCACACCAGCAAGUUCAUACCGGGAAGCGGCCAUUCACCUGCUCAGACUGUGGGAAGGGAUUCACACUGUCGUCCCACCUACAGAGACACCAUCGAGUUCACACUGGGGAGAAGCCGUUCACUUGCUCGGUCUGUGGGAAGAGAUUCAGUGAGUCAUCUGACCUACUGGUACAUCAGCGAGUUCACACUGGGGAGAGGCCAUUCACCUGCUCAGUCUGUGGGAAGGGAUUCACUCAGUCAUCCAACCUACUGGUACAUCAGCGAGUUCACUCUGGGGAGAGGCUGUUCACCUGCUCAGUCUGUGGGAAAGGAUUCACACUGUCAUCCCACCGACAGAGACAUCUGCGAAGUCACACUGGAGAGAAGCCAUUCACCUGCUCAGAAUGUGGGAAGGGAUUUACACUGUCAUCCCACCUACAGAGACACCAGCGAGUUCACACUGUGGAGAAGCCAUUUACCUGCUCAGAAUGUGGGAAAGGAUUCACUCAGUCAUCCAUACUGCAGAUUCAUCAGCGAGUUCACACUGGGGAGAAGCCGUUCACCUGCUCAGACUGCGGGAUGAGAUUCACCUGCUCAUCUAAACUGAAGGUACAUCAGAGAGUUCACACUGGGGAGAAGCCGUACACCUGCUUAGACUGUGGGAAGGGAUUCACUCAAUCAUCCAACCUACUGGUACAUCAGCGAGUUCACACUGGGGAGAGGCCAUUCACCUGCUCAGUCUGUGGGAAGAGAUUCACUUGCUCAACAAAACUGAAGGUACAUCAGAGAGUUCACACUGUGGAGAAGCCGUUCACGUGCUCAGUCUGUGGGAAAGGAUUCACUCAGUCAUCCAAACUACAGAAUCAUCAGCGAGUUCACACUGGGUAGAAGCCGUUCACGUGCUCAGUCUGUGGGAAAGGAUUCACUCAGUCAUCCCAAUUACUGGCACACCAGUCAGUUCACAAUGGGGAGUGGCUGUUGUUAUGAAUCCCUGGGUUUUGUUUGCUGUGGACUGUCAUUUUAAGAGAGAGACAGAUUAAGAAGGUGAAUCAGUCUGACUUGCAGCUUGUUUACAUUGCUCACAACUUGUUUAGUUUUAACUGAGGACACAGACACUCAGAGUCAGACGGAGACGAAGGAGGAAAAAUGAAAGGAUCGAAACCAGGGAACUAGAGGCCAAGGGUCAAUCUUUGGAACUUUCCUAUGCCCACAAGGGUGGGUUAGUUAUCGAUUCAUCGUACAUCGAACGUGUGGUGGUCACCUCGUUUGAUCCAUAGGAGUGGAUCUGAUUUGGGGUAUCAUGUGAAGACCACUGAUGUGUUAACCCUUGCCUGGGUGUGGUGACGAUACCCCUUGUGACAAUUUGCUUUUGGUGAUAAUUCGUAUUUGGAUUUGGAAUGACAAUGGAUAAAAUCUACAUCGAUUAUUCUCUCGCUUUACCACCAUGGAACCUGUGGAAUUCGACAUAAUUGCCUUCUCUUGACAUUUACCCCGGAUUACAAAUAUCUCAUCACCUAUUCCGUGGAUGAACUGAGCUUUCAUACUUUACUAUCUCAAGACUCCAAGCCUUGUUUCCCCCGUGCUCAGUAGUUUGGGAGUUAUAUUUACACACAUUUAUUCACAUAACACUGUUAACUUCUGUUUAUCUUGUUUAAGUUACAAUAUUAUAAGUAGUUAUUAAUAAAGAUAGUGGUUUUAACAUCAAAACCAGACUCCAGGUGUAGUCUAUUGCUGCUGGUUUGUUUCUAAAGCGUUACGGUUCAUAACAAAAUUGCAUCCUGCGUCCGGGAUAUGAACAAACUUGGGGAAAUAUUGAUCGAUUAAUUAUCGAGUUGAUUGGGGUGAUCCCUUUUGAUUUAUUUGUGUGUGGAAAUCAGCAGCAAUGGAUAUUUAUAUAAUUCUGGAAGCACCAACCCCUGAGGUAUUAGGAAAAGCUAAAAAGAAUGAAUUGCUGACGAUUGAACCUCAAUGAGGUAAGGGGGUGUGAAGGAGCAGGGUAAGCAUAAAACUGGGAGAGCAGGUAAAGGUGAAAAAAAUAGGGGUUUUAUUACCCAAAAUGUUUAUAAACUCAACAGAACUGUUCUAGAGUCUAAACUUGAAUCAGCUAAACAGAACAAAACUGGGUUACAACAAUGCAGCGAAAUACUCCUCAGACCUAGAGACACCACUCAGCUCCUGGCUGUGGGCUUAUAUUGGAUGCUGGCCAUUCAAUAGUAAAUUGCAUGGGACAGAAAACAUUCCUCUCCUUUAAAAGAUAUGCCAUAAAUGACGUAGCUCCAGAGAACACCCCUCUGGCUGUAGCAGAAUCCAAUUAUCCAGCCCCAUCUACAUAGGCUGGUGUCAUGCAGCCACUGAGUCAUUUCCCAGGUUAUCAGGAGGACGGUCGGCUACAGGACACUUUAAUAGGCCCGGCUGAUGGUGCGGCUGCGAAUUGCAGACGCCACAGGGGACUAUGAGAAAGCCAGAAAUUCAGAGGAAAAUAGUUGAGCACUAUAUAUCUAUGAAGGUAUUUGAUAAGGAAGUGUUAAAGAGGUUUCCUGUGAGUAAAGAGGAGAUCCAGUUACAACUAGAACAAUUGAGGACUGAUGUACUUAGAUUAGAGGCUGAAGAAAAAGAGACAGAGGGGGUUUGAUGCAGACAAACAGAGGGAGGAAGCAGAAAAAAAGGUGUUUUGAAGCUGAGGAAGCAGACAAACAGAGGGAAGAAGGAAAAAGACAGAGGCAUGUUCUGACAGAUAAGUUAAGGCUCAAGAAAGAAGUUGCUGUCUCAAAGGAGUUGGUUGUACAAUUUAUUGCCAGCCAGGAAGUUAAAUUGGUCCCUCCAUUUGAUGAAACCGACGUAGGUAAAUACUUCCAGCCUUUUGAGAAAGUGGCUGAAAGUCAAAAGCGGUCGAAAGGAAGCUGGACUCUUUAGUUACAAAGUAUAAUUAAGGGCAAGGCUCAACACACACAUUCUGCCCUAUCAAUUGAAAAUGCAGCUGAUUAUGUCAUUGUGAAACAGGCUGUGCUCAAAGCUUAUGUGUUGGUUCCAGAAGCUUACAAAGGCUUAGAAAUUGGAGGAAAUCUAUGAAACAGACUUACAUGGAAUUUGCUUCUGAGAAGUUUGUGUGUUUUGACCGCUGGUGCACAUAUAAAAAUAUAAAUGAUGAUUUUUACAGAUAGAAAGAGUUGGUUUUAAUUGAAGAAUUCAAAAGGUGCGUCUAUGAUGACAUAAAGAGAUAUUUAGAUGAAAAUGAUGCUGCCACUUUGCAGGAGUCUGCUAGAUUAGCAGAUGUUUGCUUUAACUCAUAAGGUUAAGUUUACCCCGAAUAAGAGCUUCCGAAAGAGUAGCAGGGAUCACCAGGGUAAACCAGAAAUUAAAGCUGGGACUAGUGACAGGAGUAAGGAUGAAGGGAAACAGUUGAAGGUGAAAUAUUCUGGUCUUGCUUGUUACUAUUGUAAGAAAGCUGGUCAUGUGAUGGCUAAUUGUUCUGUCCUGAAGAAGAAAAAGGAAAAUGAGGCAGUCCCAAA